AUGUCAUCGGCAAUGGAUAACAACGAUAACGACAACACCGCUAAAGUUGUAUACAAGACACGAGUGGUGUUCAAAGUGAUGGAUAUCACAGAUUAUUUAGAUACCGAUGAAUCAAACAGGAAAUGCUUGUCUAUUGACAGCAAAAUGUUUACCAUUGGAUCAGAUAACUGGUUCUGUCAUAUUCGUAUCAAUAACGAAGAGAUGCUGUCAUAUCUAGAAUUGUCAACAAUUAAUAAAACUUUAUUAUUACCAAUUGAAGUAAAAAUUACGGUAUCAAUCAUUGACAACAACAAUCAAUUGUUUGCGACAAAAGAAAAUAGAUAUCUAUUUCACAUGAAUUUCCGAAAUAGUAUACCAUUAGUUGUCACAAUACAACAGUUGUACGACAAUAGGAACCGGCUAUUUGAUGGCAACGUACUUACCGUUGGUUUUGAUAUAACAGUGAUUCACAAGAAAUACAAUGUCCACGAAAUGUUUGACACAAAUCGCUAUAGUUUCAGACAAUUGUUUGUUGUCAAAGAGUUGACCGAUUGUCGACUGAUUGUCGGCAAAGAAGAUCAGAAGUCAGAGUUUUUCGCUUCAAAAUUACUUCUCAGUUCACAAUCAGAGAUUUUCGAGAAGAUAUUUACCACCGAUUUUAUUGAAAAGAAAAACAACGAAGUGAUCAUCGAUGACAUCCAUAGCGAUGUCUUCGAGCAGUUCCUACAGUAUCUCUACACUGGAAACUGUGACAAAUUGUAUGAAAUGUGUGAUGAGUUGCUAUACGUUGCCGACAAAUAUAUGGUUUUGUCGCUGAAGACUAUUUACUUUGGUGCCGAUGAAGAACUCAUGAAAAAGGCAAAGAAAUGGAUCGGAGAUAACAUCACUUCAGUGUUAAAUCAAGAUAUUCUCAAACACUGUACCAUUGAUUCAGAAGAUGUUAUUGCUGUCAAAAUUAACAUUCAAUGA